AUGUACUGGCUGCAGCCCAUCUGCCUGGCUAGCACCUUGAGCCUGGCUAACAUCUGCCUGGCUGCCAACACGACAUCGACUUCUGGCAAUCUUUCCGUAUCGACCUAUGUCGACCCCAAUGUCCCUACCGGGGUGCCCAUUGUCGGCGAGUAUGACGGCCGCUAUCGCCCACAGAUUCAUUAUUCUCCACCCAAACACUUCAUGAAUGAUCCCAACGGCAUGUUCAGAGAUGACGAGGGCGUAUGGCAUCUUUAUUAUCAAUAUAAUCCUACCGGAAUUGUUGCUGGAAAUCAACACUGGGGCCAUGCCACCUCCGAGGACCUCUACCACUGGGUAAACCAGCCGAUUUCCCUCUUUCCGCCCAAGAAGACCCAGUACAUCUUUUCUGGCAGUGCUGUCACUGAUCCUAACAACACGUCGGGGUUCUUUCCGAGCCAGAAGAACGGUGUUGUUGCAAUUUAUACCCUUGCCGAAUAUGGCGAAGACGGCAGCCCAGGGCCGCAGACCCAGGCUAUCGCGUACUCCCACGACGGAGGAUACACCUUCACGCCAUAUCAAAGAAACCCAGUCAUCUCAAGCAAUUCUUCGCAGUUUCGCGACCCCAAGGUCAUCUGGUACAAGGAUCACUGGGUGCUGGUGAUCGCCUAUGCCCAAGAAUACGAGAUCGGUAUCUUCACCUCUCCGGACCUCAAAGAGUGGAAGCAUGCUAGCAACUUCUCUCACACCGGUCUUUUGACUCUGCAAUGGGAAUGCCCCAACCUUGUGCAAAUGCCUUACCUAGAUUCCAACGGCAAAAAGCAGGACGACAUGUGGCUGCUGGCAAUUAGCGUCAACCCUGGCGCGCCGCUCGGCGGCUCCAUUACCCAGUAUUAUCCCGGGCACUUCAACGGUACGCAUUUUGCGGCCGUCGACAACGCCGCUCGAAUCUUGGAUUUCGGCAAAGACAACUACGCCGGCCAGUUCUUCUACGGCACGGCCGAGGACGAACCGCCUGUGUUCUUGGGCUGGGCCUCGAAUUGGCAAUACACGCAAGUCGUGCCCACAGGCGAGGAAGGCUGGCGAAGCGCCAUGACAGUGCCGCGUCGCUCCUACCUAACAAAGGCCAAGCGUGUCGGCUGGAAGCUCGUGACGGAGCCGUACGAUCUGGAGCCGGUCAUGGGCUCCCUGCUGGCCAGCAACACCAGCAUGGUGAAUGGCAGCCUCACCGUUGACUUUGCUCGUGUCGAUUCAAACGCGCUCUACUGGGAAGCAAACAUCACGGGACUCCCCGCAACGGGUAUUUCCGAGUCGGCAACGCUCAACUUUACCUUCAUCGCGCCCCAGACGGGCGAGUUCGUCCGCGGCGGCUACUAUCUCGGUGGCGACACCCCCUUCUUCAUUGAUCGGGGCGGCGCCAAAGGCUUUGACAAUGUAUUCUUCACCGACAAGUUCUCGACAAACAGCUUGACGGACGGGAGUUCGUGGCGGAUGAGCGGAAUCCUUGACAGGUCCAUUCUGGAAGUGUUUCUCGAUGGCGGAAUUGAAAGCGCAACGGUUAAUUACUUCACGACGCAGCCACUCACUUUGAUGGUCGUGGGUACGUCGAGUAUGCCCGAUGGCGCCAAUGUCAGCGUCAGUGUGUAUGCGCUGGAGAGUGCAUGGGCGAAGAUGGCAAACGAGAGGGAUGGGCUAGUAUAUGGUAAUCAAACUGGGAACGGUACUGCCUGUGAAACGAAAAGCCGGUUGUUUGGUAUCGCCCUGUGA